AUGUACUCAGGGAGCCUAACUCCACGGAAUCAAACUUCAAGCACUGAUUUCAUCCUCAUGGGGCUUCCUGUGGACACCAAGCAUGCUGCCCUACUCUACACUGUGAUCUUUAUUGUCUUUUUGCUGGCCCUGGCAGGCAAUGCCCUCCUCAUCUUCCUGAUCCACUCAGACCCCCGCCUCUGCACCCCCAUGUACUUUCUCCUCAGCCAGCUAUCGCUCAUGGACCUCAUGCACAUAUCUGCGACGGGGCCCAAGAUGCUCUUGGGCCAGGUCACUGGAGAUCACACAAUUUCUCCCUCAGGCUGUGGGAUCCAGAUGUUCUUCUGCCUGACCCUGGCUGGAGCCGAAUUCCUUCUCCUGGGAGCCAUGGUCUAUGACAUAUAUGCUGCCAUCUGCAGACCUCUCCACUACCCACUACUGAUGAACUCGAGGGUGUGCCAGCUCCUGGCAUGUGGGUCCUGGUUUGUGGGGAUAUUCGAUGGCCUUUUGAUCACUCCUGUCGCCAUGAGCUUCCCCUCCUGUAAGGCCAGGAACAUCCCGAGCUUCUUCUGUGAGACCCCUGCCCUGCUCAAGCUGUCAUGCUCUGACAUCUCCCUCUACAGCUUGCUCAUGUACCUGUGCUGUGUCCUCAUGAUCCCGGUCCCCGUCCUGGUCAUCUUGGGCUCUUAUACCUUCAUCCUGUGUCUCACCCACAGGAUGAACUCAGCCAAGGGCCGCAGGAAGGCCUUUUCCACCUGCUCUUCCCACGUAAUCAUGGUGGUGCUCUUCUAUGGUGCCGCCUUCUAUGCCUACAUCCUUCCCAGUGCCUACCACACAGCCCAGCAGGACAUCAUGGCCUCUGCCUUGUACACCAUCAUCACACCAGUGCUGAACCCUUUCACCUACAGCAUUCAGAACAAGGAUAUUGCCAGGGCCCUGCGGAGCAUGGUUCGGUCAAGAUCUGUUCCACCGGUUCCCAGGCAGCAGCCUCAGAAAGGCGGGCUGGGGGAGGACGCAGCCCGUUCCACCGCCGCCCAGGAGCUGAGGAGAAGCAGGGGUCCGAGGGGCGGGCAGCGACCAGCUCCGGCUCGUAAGGUCAAUUGCCUGUGCACAAAGCCAAGUGUUUUUGCAAGCAUCACAGUGACCCCCUCCCUCAGGCAGGUCCCCUGUGGCUCAGGACCCAGUCUGGAGCACUGCCUAGCUGGGGAUGGAGCCCGCGGCGUGGGCGGCGUCUCCGGGGGCACCGCUGAGAGUGCACCUGAGUCCGGUCUUUCCCUGGUGUCUAAGGAUGCCCUUUUCCUUUCACCGGGAAUGGGUGUUUGCAUCUUCUCUCUUUCUGCUCUGAACGCUCGCCAUGCCCUCCGGGAGCGCGGGAAUCGUUAUUCCCAAAGGACCCUUGCUUAG